AUGGUCAAUACUGAGUCCGAAGAUCCCUUAAAGUUCUUCAGGUCUGUUAUAGACCAACUCCGGGAAAUACGGCCAGAAGAUCCCAUCCACGAAUGCUAUGACGGUGACUACGACAGGCUUGUGGCUCAGGCGGAUGACCUACUUAUCCUCGCAAAGAGGAAACUGCAUACCUUUCCCUUCAAGGACGUCAAGCCUUGCUGGUUUCGGCUCUAUACUGACGCCAGUAUCGCUAAGGCUCUUAAGUUGAUACAGCAUGUUUACUCCACGUCUCCGGCGUCCUCUUUGUCGGCGACACUCCGACGUCACCUUGAUGAGAUCGUAUCCGUUCUGGAUAUGGCCCUCAUUAUGGCAGGUGGUCUGGGCAGAGAAGACUUGAUACACGAGAUCUUGCAGGCACUCGAUACUGCAGCCGGAAUGGAUCCGGUCGACUCGGGACAGCCCUCAAAGGAAAAGGAGGUUGAAGACUACCCGACCAGCGGACCCAGAUCAAGCAAUCUGCUACCCAACGCCAACAUCUCGGUUCCCCGUCUUCGAUUUCCUGUUCCACAGAUGGAACGGCCGUCAAUGACAGAGUUUGCCAACUUUAUGCGUCGCGAGAAACGCCCAGUUCUGCUGAAAGGAAUCCUGGAUCAUUGGCCGGCACUUGAUAGAUGGGAAAGUACAUCGUACUGGAUUGACAAGACCAUGGGCGGCCGCCGCCUUGUUCCGAUCGAACUUGGCCGUAGUUAUACAGAUGAUGAUUGGGGUCAGGAGAUUAUGCCGUUCGGAGAGUUUUUAAGCCGACACAUUCUGUCAACAUCAGAUGGCAACAGAGCAGCCAAAGAAGAUAUGAAAACUGGCUACUUGGCACAGCAUGACCUGUUCAAGCAGAUACCGGCUUUGCGCAACGAUAUCGCAAUCCCAGAUUACUGCUUCCUCGACGCCCCGCCGGCCGAACCAGGCACUCCAGUUUAUCUGAGCAAAUGCAAGGAGAAGUCUGACCACAAGGCCAGUCAUCCAACCACCUUACCAACCCCGUCCAGCUGGGAGAAUGGCGAAGAUGAAGAUGCUGUUGACACCGACGCCGACGGAGAAGUACACACUAACAUAUGGUUCGGUCCGGCGUGGACGAUAUCUCCUCUUCACCAUGAUCCUUAUCACAACAUCUUAUGUCAGGUGACCGGCGAGAAGUACAUCAGGAUGUACUCUCCCCAUCACAGCAAGGCGUUAUUGCCCAAGCGUUCAGACGAGCCCGCUCCGCACAUCAUCCAACACGGAACGGCAAGUGGCGAGGUGACGCGUUCGCAACUGGAAGACCAAUGUAAGGGAACCAUUGAUAUGUCGAACACAUCAAAAGUCGACGUGGCCGCCAUGGAACUGUCUCCAUACGAAGACUGGGAUGAGGUCUACCCGGGAAUCAGCCAGGUCCCAUACGUGGAGUGCAUCCUCGAACCAGGUCAAGCACUUUAUAUACCGGUUGGAUGGUGGCACUAUGUGCGCAGCUGCUCGGUGGGCGUCAGUGUCAGCUUCUGGUGGUAG